AGUUUGUCCCUGCCAGAAUCCCCACCCUAAAUCAGCCAGUUUCCAAUACUAAUAGUUACUUUCCAAACUAUUCUCCUCAUCUUCAUUUUUCAUGUCUACUUUCUUGGGAUUACGAAAGACAGUUUUACUAGCUCUAUGCUGUUUGCAAGUAGCUCAAAGCUUGCCCGUAGAAAACGGUCACGCUGCCAGUCAACUCAAGGAUGGUAACUUGGACAUUGGAAAAGCUGUGAUUGACCCCCAGGAUGUUUCUGCUAGAUUGGAGACAAAUGGGCUCAAUAAGAUUGAUGAGAAAUCCACUGGAAUAAGCUCUUCUGGACAACAAUCAAAAAAUGAAACUGGUAGAUUGGCAAAAAUAGAAAAUUUAGAUACCCAGGGAAAUCAAGAAGAAAUUGAUGCCUGGAAAUCGGCCCAAGAAACAUUCCACAAAUACUUUGAAAAUAUCUACCCCUCUGGGUUAGAACCAACAUAUAGCUAUGCUGGUAUUCCAUAUGGAAAUUUUUACACAGCAGAAAGUCCCCAUUCUGGAUUUGUUCCCUCAAUAUCAGUUGCCAAACCACUUGAUCAGGAACAGGAAAAGAAUAUUUCAUACCAGGAUAUUUUAAAGUUAAAAAUUGAUGCAGUUACUCCCAAGACAUCAAAUCCAACUACUUCUAGGGAAUUGGCUGGAAGACUUUCACAUAUGAUGCACAGGAUUAAAUUGGAUUUGGAGGAUUGGAGAAACUUCUAUUCUUAUUUGCAUGAGGAACUGGCUGAAGAACUAAAGGAAGAAGGACUAGGGGUGGAUAAACUAGAAGCCAAGACAACAGAGGAAAACCCAGAAAAAUAA